AUGGCCUCAGAAUCAGCAGUACCGGCAGGUAUGCCUCCUGGUAUGCCUCCUGGAAUGAUGCCGGGUGGGAUGUCAGCUGGCGGUCUUCCACCUGGAUUCGGGGCUGGACCAAUCAAUCCAUUCAUGUACAAGCCGAAUGUCCCUGGAAACGUGAUCGGGACCGCGGUGUUUGGCCUAAUCACGAUCACGGCGGUCUUUCAGUGCAUCAAAUAUCGGAGCUGGUACUUCCAUCUGUGGGCACAAGCGUCGCUGAUUACGACGGUGGCAUUGUCUAUCCGGACGUUCGCUGCGAUUCACCUGGGUGAAAUGGAACCGUACAUCAUCUACUCGAUCGCCGUUGGCAUCCCCCCAACCAUGAUCGCCAUCGGAUUGUUCAUGACCUUCACCCGGAUCAUCUGGUUCGUCGCCCCAGACGAAUGCAUCACGAUCCGUCACCUGUGGCUGCCGUCUGACUGGGUCACGUUCUUGCUCGGACUCAUGUUUGCCGCGGCCGAAAUCAUCCGCGCCGCCGGCGGCAAGCUCCAUCUGGACAAUAUCGUCCUUCUCGCCGUGUGGAUCCAAUGGAUCACGCUGGCGUGCUUUGUGGUCCUGGCGACUCGGUUCUUGAUCGAGAGCGAGUCGUGGGCGUGCUAUCCCGACCGAAAGCAGUGGCGAAAACUGCUCGUGGCGGUCGAGGCCAGUGCAUUAAUCCUGAUGUUCCGUGCCACGCAUUCGAUCGUCACUGUCCAGGAGUUGAAGAAUCCGAUGGCUUCCCAGAACAAGCAUGAAUGGAUCUUCUGGGUGUUUGACGUCCUUCCAACUCUCGCUGUAUAUAUCAUCCAGGCGAUCUGGCAUCCCGGUCAGUACCUCCCCCGCUGGCUCACCACGUUUAUUUUCCGGAAGAAACUGGUGGUGGCGGAACGCCGUAUCCGGGCGAGAGGGACGGGGUUCAACAUCUCCCCUCCGAUGCCGGCGGACCCCAAGUCCUUCGAGGUGACGUUUGCGGAAGUGGAGCUGGGGACGGUUCGGAACGCGUACAAUGGGCGGCGACCGCACGCUGUGCGUGCGUAUUAA